CCUCCGAGACCCGCCUCUGCUCCCCAGUCAGGCGAUGCGGCAAGGUCCGGGACCCGGGGUGCAUGGAUCGCGGACCGCCCUGCGCCCGAGUCCGAGCGCGCACCGGCCAUGAGCCAGCCCGCUGCCGGGGGGCCCCGAGGACGCCGAGCCCAGGCCCCGCCGAGCCCGGCCGAGGGGCAGCCUGCCCUGCGCGCCCAGGUCCCCGCGGGCCACUGAGCUCCGGUCCCCCACAACGGAGGGGCAGGAUACACCCCGGCCUUGGGGUCCCGGAGCCCCGCGGCCUCCUCCCGGGACGCAGCCAGACGCUGUCUCGCACAGCCACGUGCACGGUCCAAGACAGCCGGCCGCCCAUGUCAGUGGUCUAGGAUGGCCAGUGAAGCCUCCAACAUCCCAAGUCCUGUUGUACGCCAGAUUGACAAGCAGUUUCUGAUCUGCAGUAUAUGCCUGGAACGGUACAAGAACCCCAAGGUCCUCCCCUGCCUGCACACUUUCUGCGAGAGGUGCCUGCAGAACUAUAUCCCCGCCCACAGUUUAACCCUCUCCUGCCCCGUGUGCCGCCAAACCUCCAUCCUGCCCGAGAAGGGGGUGGCCGCGCUGCAGAACAACUUCUUCAUCACGAACCUGAUGGACGUGCUGCAGCGGACGCCAGGCAGCAACGUCGAGGAGUCCUCCAUCCUGGAGACUGUCACGGCGGUGGCCGCGGGGAAGCCCCUCUCCUGCCCCAACCACGAUGGGAAUGUGAUGGACUUUUACUGCCAGUCUUGCGAGACGGCCAUGUGUCGCGAGUGCACUGAGGGGGAGCACGCAGAGCACCCCACCGUCCCGCUCAAGGACGUAGUGGAGCAGCACAAGGCCUCGCUCCAGGUGCAGCUGGACGCCGUCAACAAAAGGCUGCCAGAAAUAGAUUCUGCUCUUCAGUUCAUCUCGGAAAUCAUCCACCAGUUAACCAGCCAGAAGGCCAGCAUCGUAGAAGACAUCCACUCCACCUUUGACGAGCUGCAGAAGACCUUAAACGUCCGCAAGAGCGUGCUGCUUAUGGAACUGGAGGUCAACUAUGGCCUCAAACACAAAGUGCUGCAGUCGCAGCUGGACACGCUGCUGCAGGGCCAGGAGAGCAUCAAGAGCUGCAGCAACUUCACGGCGCAGGCGCUGCACCACGGCACCGAGACCGAGGUGCUGCUGGUGAAGAAGCAGAUGAGCGAGAAGCUCACGGAGCUGGCCGACCGCGACUUCCCGCUGCAGCCGCGGGAGAACGACCAGCUGGACUUCCUGGUGGAGACCGAGGGGCUCAAGAAGUCCAUCCACAACCUGGGCACCAUCCUGACCACCAACGCCGUGGCCUCCGAGACGGUGGCCACGGGCGAGGGGCUGCGGCAGACCAUCAUCGGGCAGCCCAUGUCGGUGACCAUCACGACCAAGGACAAGGACGGCGAGCUGUGCAAGACGGGCAACGCCUACCUCACGGCCGAGCUGAGCACCCCCGACGGCAGCGUGGCGGACGGCGAGAUCCUGGACAACAAGAACGGCACCUACGAGUUCCUCUACACCGUGCAGAAGGAGGGCGACUUCACGCUGUCGCUGCGCCUCCACGACCAGCACAUCCGGGGCAGCCCCUUCAAGCUCAAGGUCAUCCGCUCGGCCGACGUGUCGCCCACCACCGAGGGCGUCAAGCGGCGAGUCAAGUCCCCGGGCAGCGGCCACGUCAAGCAGAAGGCGGUGAAGCGGCCCGCCAGCAUGUACAGCACCGGCAAGCGGAAAGAGAACCCCAUCGAGGACGACCUCAUCUUCCGAGUGGGUACCAAAGGAAGAAACAAAGGAGAAUUUACAAAUCUUCAAGGGGUAGCAGCUUCUACAAGUGGGAAGAUACUGAUCGCAGACAGCAACAACCAGUGUGUUCAGAUAUUUUCCAACGACGGACAGUUCAAAAGUCGCUUUGGCAUCCGUGGGCGCUCUCCCGGGCAGCUGCAGCGGCCCACAGGGGUGGCUGUGCAUCCCAGUGGGGACAUAAUCAUUGCAGACUAUGACAACAAGUGGGUUAGCAUUUUCUCCUCUGACGGGAAGUUUAAGACAAAAAUUGGAUCAGGCAAGUUGAUGGGGCCGAAAGGCGUCUCUGUGGAUCGCAACGGGCACAUCAUCGUGGUGGACAACAAGGCCUGCUGCGUCUUCAUCUUCCAGCCCAAUGGCAAGAUAGUCACCAGGUUUGGUAGCCGAGGAAAUGGGGACAGGCAGUUUGCAGGUCCCCAUUUUGCAGCUGUAAAUAGCAAUAAUGAGAUUAUUGUUACAGAUUUCCAUAAUCAUUCUGUCAAGGUGUUUAAUCAGGAAGGAGAAUUCAUGCUGAAGUUCGGCUCUAACGGAGAAGGAAAUGGGCAGUUCAACGCUCCCACGGGCGUGGCGGUGGACUCCAAUGGGAACAUCAUUGUAGCAGACUGGGGAAACAGCAGGAUCCAGGUUUUUGAUGGAAGCGGAUCAUUUUUGUCCUACAUUAACACCUCUGCUGACCCGCUCUAUGGCCCCCAAGGCCUAGCACUGACCUUGGAUGGCCAUGUUGUGGUGGCAGACUCUGGCAACCACUGUUUCAAGGUUUACCGGUAUUUGCAGUGACUACGGGCAGUCAGAUGCCCCUUUACAAAGGUCUUGCACCAUAGACUGGAAUGGACUUCUCCUUGUGGGACUAGACUAUACUUGACUUUCUACACUAGAAGGAGUCAUCAUUGGUUGUUUCUGAAUGUAAGAGUUUUCUUAAAAACUGCAUAUCUGAUUUGCCUAAAGGAAGCUCACCUUUAGGGUUCAGAAAAAAGGAAAAGGAAAAAAAAAAGGAAUCCCUUCUACUGAAUCUAUUUAAAAAAUGCAAAAUUUUACACCUGUGAACUAGGGCUUAUAGGACAGGGAUUUACGUGGUUAAACCAAUUUUGCAAAUCAAGCAGGCAUUGAAGAAAAAAAAAACCACUCUAGAAUAUCUAAUGAUAUUUGUUAAUCCUGUGAAUGGUAGUUUUUGCUCACAGCUUCCCCAAACCACCCUCAUAUACUUUCUCUCUCUCUCUCUCUGGUAAUUAAUUAUUUUAACCUCAAUUUAUCCUGAGGACCUUUGAACCUCAAUUUUACAGUAACUUUUACUCUUGUGACUCUUUUGGUUAUCAAGAACUACAUGUAAAUCACUUUAGGAGAAGGUAAGACUAUCCUCCCAGCUGUGAUUAGCAGGUAUGUUGAGUUCAGCAAUGGAGAAUCAAUGCAAGUUUCCCAUCCUUCUGGGUUAGAUCUCAGGCACCUUUUUUUUUUUUCCCUUCAUCUUCUUUUCUCCUCUCUUCUUGCUCAUUUUUAUAUCAAACAACAAAUUCCACUUCCAGGGAGACAUGAAAUACCUAAUGCUUGGGAGAGCAUAUUACAAUAAAAUACUAACUUUCUUUUUUUUUUUUGUCAAGUGACAGCCCAUGAACUCCAGAUUAAACACACUGGAAUGUAACCAAGAAGGCGUUAGUCAUGUUUUUUAUGUGCCAUGCUCUCACAUGUGUCUCUCUUCUUCCACUUCAUGAAAGCGAAAGCUUUACCUCCUGCAAAAUGUCAGCACAUGUAGAAGGACACCAGUAUCCUAGGACAGAGAGCCAUGAGUAGCCCUUUGGAGCAAGUUGGUGUCAACCAAAGGCAUGUGGUUGGUGAAUGGUUUCCUCUUAGAAAGCAAGUGUUACCAAAGCUGUGUUAUCUCAAAAGCAUUACAGAUAAGGGCAUGUAACGGUUAUUUGUCAUUGUCUAAUGAAUGGUAGAGGAUUAAAGUACUAUGUAUACUUGACUAGGGUAAGGUAGGAUGUAUCAUAUAUACAUAUAUAUACAUAUAUAUAUAUAUUUAGCUGAAUAUAGAUGUAUUGAAAUAGGCAGCACUUGGAAAGACAGAAGCUUCGUCCAAUUUUUCUUCAGCACAUUCCUUUACUGCGCAAUAAAGCUAUCCAGCUAGGGCAAGCCCGAAAGCAAGUUUUAGUUGCCGCCAUUUUGCAGGCAGGAUGGUCGUGGCUGACAGUUAGUCAGAAAAUGGCCUCUUUAGCUUUCAAAGACAGGUUAGAAGUUGAAUGUACAUCACAUUUCAUUUAAACUAAGCCUAAGGAGAAUCUAAGCUUUUGAAGAAAGAAAAUAUUGAAGAGUAACUUCCUCAAGCGGUCUGGAUACUGUACCAUAAGAAGUGGUCUGUUUCUACUCUGAUUUCCUACUCAGUUUCUCAGUUCUACCAAAUAGGAGGUUAUGUUUGGGGGUUUCAGCGGUAUCUUGGGGGUUGUUUUCCCCACAGAAAGUACCUUAGGGUUCUACUGUGAGUAAACACUUCCCAUGUGUAUGAUUACUUGACUGUGAUGGGUAUGACCUAUUAAUUUAUGAUUUAGUCAUUCUCUUAGAUGGGACUUUUUAAAAUUGAGAAGGGAAGUCUAGCUGUUUCCAAUUUCCUGUCAAGUUUAUAAUUAUAGUCUAUAUCAACCUCUGGAAAAAAAUAUUCAGGAAGAUUGAUAUUUAGGCUUAGUCUUUUUUUUUUAAUAUAUAUAUUUCUUAAUAUUUUCAAAACGUCUGGACCUGUCUAAACUUGUAAAAUUUAAUAACAGCUUUUUAGAAUGUUAAACUAAGACAGUUUGCUAACAUUAGCAAACAGUCUCAGAAUUUACCCAUCCAUGUUUAAUGAGUGCCUACCAGAUGCCAGGCACAGUAUAGAGCUGAGAAUAAAAAUUUAACCUUCUUGGAGUUAAUGUUUUGGGGAGCAGGGAAGUGACUUUGCUGUUUACUGCAUAAAAGAUAAGCAAGACUCUGGAUUGUUCCUAGAUUAUCGCAGAGAAAACUUUUAAAGAUAGGUGAAUUUUUAUUUCUAUUCAUCAAUAAAAUGGCCUCCUAUUUGGAUCCCUUUACAAGCUACUGAUCUUAAGACUAGUUCACCUAGUCUUUCUUUUUGCACAUUUAAAUUAUAUUUGUGAAUUUACAAUUUUAACCAGUCACCAUUUCCUGUUGGGCUGGAUAUCUCAUUAGAAAAUUGAAUACAAACAAAGCUAGUUUCUUUCAAGUGUCAAUCAAUGUUGGUACAAACUGGAAUGAGAGAAUAGAUCCACCUUUGUUACUAAGACACAUGCUGUGGGCAAACCUUUUACUUUCCCCACACAGAAAAAUUAUAAGAUGAUGAAUGUUAGUUAACGUAUAGAUAACACUUCCCAUUGGGAUACAUAUGUGCAUUGACUGUGUAUUUCUUGGUGAGCAUAUUUUUGGGGGAGGGGAAGAAAUGCUGGUGAUGAGAUAUGACUAGGCAAGAUUCACACGAACCUUUUGUCACGUUUGGUGGAAGAUGGUUUCUGAUCAACGGAGAAGGGUAUUAAAAAAUAAGUGACUUUUUUUUUUCUGAGCUACCAUUAUUGUUGGAGUCCCCUUUGUCAAGUGUACAGAACCUGUCAGACAUUCAUGAUAAGUAGCACUGGAAACUCACCCAUUCAAAUUUCCUCUGGGCACUUAAGGCAGAAAUCAUGCCAGUUAGAAUGUAAAGGUCAGUGACGAGACAUUCUCUCCGAAUACACAUCUCCCCUGCUGGACACGGGGAGGGAGAGCGUCACUCAGCCAUUCGGAAACACAUGGAUGAAAACCCUUUAUGACUGUUCAUUAUUUAGCCUUUUGAUCAAAUGUUAGCUUCCCCGGUUUCCUUCUCUUAGUUUGCUCUCUGACUAGCUUUUGAGACAGAGAAAUACUGCACAGCCAUGCAACUGGAGCACUUGCUUCUGUUAAAUGUACAGGGUAUAAAUGUCCUAACUCGGAGUGAACUGGAAUAGCAGUGCACUGGCAAUUAUCUCUGGAUCCUUAAGAUAUGAAGGGUUCGAGUAAAUAUUUGAUUCAUGCCUACUGGAUUAAUUGGAGAAAAUAGCAAAUAAACAUCAGCUAAAUCAGAUUGCUUCAAAUGGAAAGAUUUUCUUGUACAUGUGGACUAUAUGGUACCCUCUCCGUUCACCAGCUUCUAGAAAAGGGAGGAUUAUUUUUCUUUUAGUGACUUUAAAACAAGACAUUUCCAGGUAGGAUAAAAAAAAAAAAGGAAAAGCUAUUUGCUACAAACUUCAUCCAAUUUUGCUUAAACCUGAAAGUCGUAAUAUUGUUGCAUUCUAUAAAUGUUGCAGGGUUUUAAACUUAGGAUUAUUUUAAUAUUUUUGAUAACUAGGAAUCUAGUAUUGCCAUAAAGGAAACUAAGUGCCCAUUAAAGAUUUUUUUGGUAUAAAUAAAUAACUUUUUUUGUUUAUUUUAAAUGACAGUAAGCUACAAAUCAUGAUGUUAAUCUUUAAAAUCUUUCUGGAGAUGAACUGUGUGGCAGUGAUUGUGUGGUCUGUUUGUGGAGAAUGUAUGAAAGCUAUUAAUAUUCUAAACUAGAUUAAUAAGUUGGCUAUGUUGUUCCAGUGAAUGUACAGCACUUCCAUGGACUUUUGAAAGCAACACAGCCUUAAACCCAAUGCUUUUGCUUUAUGACAUGAGAAUGUUCUGUCAUCAACAGAGUGUAUUCUUGUACUAGGGUUCUUUCUAUCAUUCUUGAUUCGAUAGCCUUUCAAACCUGUGAAAAUGAAGGUUUUUGCUUCCCUUUUUCUCCCCUCCUUGGAUUUUGGACAUUGCAUCUUUAUAAGUCGGUUUCAUACAUUUUCGUGUACAGAGCGCUAAGCCUCACGCUCUCUGACAUUUAUACUGACACGUUCUCAUCCCUUUGUUCUUUUAUGAAUCCCAAUGCUGACUGCCUAUUUAAGAAAUGAAUGAAUGCUGUGCAUCAAAGUGUUUGUACAUUCGUAGCUACAUACAUAUCACGGUAUUUUGGAUGCUUUAGUCUGUAAUGAAACUUUAAUUCUGUCUUGAAACAUAGGAGAAACAAGAUUCAUGUGUAUCUCUUUACCAUGCACAAGUCUAAAAUCACUAUAAUAAAGUUUGUUUUCUCCA